UCUCUUUCUGUCAAUUAAAUAAAUAAAAUCUUCAAAAAAAUAAUAAAAAAUAAAACCAAGAGUUGGACACUUAACCUACUGAGCCACCCAGGCAACCCUCCUUUGAAAUCCUAAAGAGAAACUCUAAUUUCUAAAGAAUGAUAGAAGCUUGUACUUUCUCAAGCAGCACGAGCAAUAUAUUGCUUACAGGCAACCUAAGGAAAUAUACUCUUCACCUAGUUUUUGAGUAGUAGAGACUGUAGGUAAGUAGGUAGUUUUCCCUAACACUAAUUUGCCCAAGAUUGGUAUACUUAUCCCUUUCACAUUCUACUAUUUAUCACUCUGGAUGAUCCUAAAUUACCUGGAUUCGUUUUUAGUCUUUAAGUGUUCCAGAAUCAAUCACGAUAGGGAAUUUUAUAGAUUUCCCAAUAUGUGUCACUACUUAAUCUCUUCUCCCUAUUAUCUAAUCUUUUCUCCAGGUCAUUGCGAUCUAUCUCAAUUACUGAGAAGAGGAUAAAAAUCAAGAUUCCACAAUGCACGUCCCCUGUUCUGCACAGAGGACAUUUUCCCUUUUGAUUUUUUUUUCCCCCCAGACAAGAUGACCAAGCCUGAUGCAACAGUGUUAAAUGACUUGUGGAAGAUGUGCAGGGUCAGAGAACCUGGUCAUCUGGGUUUGCGUUUGGAGAAGGUAAAGACGCAUGCUGAAGAAGGAAGAGAAGGGGUAUCCUGCAGGAAUGCCCAAGGGAACAGUGCAUGCACACAUAUACCCAAAGCUUUCCUAGGACAGAGUUACUGUAACCAUAAUCAUCUUUGAGAACGUUCAUUGUUAAGUGUCAUGAAUUUGAGAGUUUCCUCUAAACCUGAACCUAUUGGACAGACAUUCCUUGUGUUACAGGCAGCAUGAGUUCCAGCCAGAUUUCACUGCAAAUGAACCCUCAGAGACUUAACAUGCAGAAGAAAUCUUCAAAGUGUAGUGAAUGUGGGAAAUUCUUUACUCAGAGAUCAUCUCUUACCCAGCAUCAGAGGAUUCACACAGGAGAGAAGCCCUAUGUAUGUAGUGAAUGUGGAACUUGUUUCCGUAAACAGUCAAAUCUUACUCAGCAUUUGAGGAUUCACACAGGAGAGAAACCUUAUAAAUGUAAUGAAUGCGAGAAAGCCUUUCAAACAAAAGCAAUCCUUGUCCAGCAUCUGAGAAUUCAUACUGGAGAGAAACCCUAUAAGUGCACUGAAUGUGGCAAAGCCUUUUGUCAGAGUCCAUCCCUUAUCAAACACCUGCGAAUUCAUACUGGAGAGAAACCGUAUAAAUGCGCUGAAUGUGGCAAAGCCUUUAGUCAAAGCAUUUGCCUUACCCGUCACCAGAGAAGUCACUCUGGAGAUAAACCUUAUAAGUGUAAUGAAUGUGGGAAAGCCUUUAAUCAGAGCGCAUGCCUCAUGCAGCAUCAGAGAAUUCAUUCAGGAGAGAAGCCUUACACAUGUACUGAAUGUGGUAAAGCCUUCACUCAGAACUCCUCCCUUGUUGAACAUGAGAGAACUCACACUGGAGAGAAACUUUACAAGUGUAGUGAGUGUGAAAAAACUUUCCGCAAACAAGCACACCUUAGUGAACAUUACAGAAUUCAUACCGGAGAAAAACCUUAUGAAUGUGUUGAAUGUGGGAAAUCCUUCAGGCACAGCUCAGCACUUGUUCGACAUCAGAGGCUUCAUGCUGGAGAAUAA